ACUUGCUCUCCGGAGCAGAGUGGUCAGAGCCAGGCCAGAGCCGCCUGCUGACGGGGGCAUUUUGACAACAGAUCCGCAGCUGGGCUGGCCCAGGCCAGGCCUCUUACCCAGCGGGGCUGGGCUAAAGGGACAGGGACGAAAAGGUGACUUUAGUGAGGACCAGGCCUUGAAGAUUUGGACCUGCACUGACCGUCCUGGGUACCUGCUGCUGGGGCUGGCAGCUGAAGGCUUCAGGGAGCCCUGACCUAGGGACGUGUCAAUGGCCCUGGGAGAAGACAAGGCAGAGCUGGAGGCCUCCAUGGACACAAAGGCCCCAGCCUGUGGGAGGUGGCGCUGCGGGGAGCCGGAGGUGGACGUCCCUGGGCCUGUGAGUGGGGAGCAGCCACCACGUCUGGAAGCGGAGGGAGAGCCCGCCUCCCCUGUGUGGAGGGCAGAGGGCCUAUCUGCCCCCACCUGUUGCCCCUCCGGAGUCUGCCAGCCACAGGCCAGCAACGCCAGCAGGGAGCCGGUCGCGGGUGCAUCUGAGCGUGCGCUCGGUUGCCUGCUUCCUCCUGCCCGUGUGGACGCUGGAGAUCUGCAUUCUGUGGGAAGUCAGGUAGCUACCAAGAUGGAGGACACCAAUCUUUCUGCCUCAGAGGAGCUACCUCAGACUGUGGCCGUUCCCAGAGCCACAGCUCUUUGCUCAGGACAUGAUGCAGAUACUGAAGACGAUCCAUCCCCAGUGGAGUCACCUCCAGUGCUGGACCUCAGCCAACAGCCUCACAUCUCAGGUUUCCCUUUCUCGUCAAAGUGGAGGUCCACAGUGAGCCCAGGGUCCGCUGCUCCUCAGUUUGCCAGCUGCAGUGCCCCUGCCUCAUCCCCUGGCAGCAGUUUCCAGGGUCGCCAAGAGAAGGCAGAGCCUCAGAGUUGCUCCCUCGCCAAGGUCUCCUCCUCCCUGGAGCUGGUCGGCCCAGAGUCGGCCCCCUCUGUGGUAGGGCCAGGGCCUCAGCUCCAGUGGCCCCCACAGCCUGUGUCCUCUGGGGCCGAUGCUCCUGGGCUGAGCAGGGGACGCCUAUCCUUCCAAGCCGAGUACUGGGCCUGCGUGCUGCCAGAUUCCCUGCCCCCUUCCCCUGACCGCCGCUCCCCACUGUGGAACCCAAAUAAAGAGUACGAAGACCUGCUGGACUACACUUACCCACUUAGGCCCAGGCCUCGGCUCCCAAAGCACAUUGACAGCCACGUGCUGGCUGACCCUGUCCUGCAGGACUCAGGUAUAGACCUGGAUAGCUUUUCUGCCUCCCCAGCAAGCACUCUCAAGUCACCCACUAAUGUUUCUCACAGUUGCCCACCAGCGGAGGCCACUGCCCUGCCAUUCUCUGGGCCCCAAGAGCCAAGCCUUCAGCGGUGGCACUCUGGAAUACUCCAGGAGCAGGGUGGCGUGGGGUUGGCAUCUUGUAGCCAGCUCGCAUCUACACCCAGGGCCGCAGGCAGUAGGGACAGUCCUUGGAAGAGUAGAGAGCCAGCCCCGAGGGGCGUGAAGAGCUGGCGGCCCAUGGGCAAGCCCCUCGAGGUGAGGCCUCCCCAGCUGAGGACAUGGGACAGAGGGCAGCCCUCAUCCAGGCCAGAAAGAGAGAAGGGAGCUAGCUGGGGUAUCCAGCGCCCUGCCUGCGUGGAGUCGGGAUGGAAACCAGGAGAGGAGUUGGAAAGUGACGACGAGUAUCUUGCCCUGCCCACGCGGCUGACACAGGUUUCUAGCUUGGUUUCCUAUCUAGGUUCCAUUCCCACUUUGGUGACCCUGCCAGCUGGGGCUGCCGAAGGUCAGAGCUCCCUGGAUGUGUCGGACAGUGAUGGGCCCACUUCCUUCCCAUCGGACUCCAGCCAAAGCCAGCUUCCCUCCGGGGCUACUGUCAGAGGGCCUGGGGGGCAGAACCACUGUUUGCUGCGCUCCUUCAUCCACGCGAGGGACUCGGCAGGGGACGGCAGUCUUGUGAGCAGCCAGGCGCUGGAGGUCUCUGGACUGCUGAGGACACGCCCUUCCUUGCCAAUUCUUUUGGACCCAGAUUCUAAAGGGCAGUCUCCCAGGAGAGGAAGAGAGGAGGGAAAAGAUUCACUCAUGCAGUGUGUGAAGACGUUUUGCUGUCAGCUAGAAGAGCUGAUCCACUGGCUGUAUAACGUAGCAGAUGUUACCGACCACUGGACUCCACCCAGGUCCAGUCUCGCAGGUCUCAAGUCUUCCCUGCAGCUUUACCGGCAAUUUAAGAAAGAUAUAGAUGAACACCAGUCCCUGACGGAGAACGUCUUACAGAAAGGGGAGAUUCUUCUUCAGUGCCUGUUGGAUAACACCCCAGUGUUAAAGGAUGUUCUCAGGAGGAUCGCAAAGCAGCCCAGCGAGCUGGAGAGCCAUGCGGAUCACUUGUAUGACACUCUCUUAGCCUCUGUGGACAUGCUGGCUGGUUGCACCCUCAUCCCUGACAACACACCGAUGGCACACAGGAGUGCUGAUGUGACUGGGAUGAGCCUGGCGUCUUCUCAGGCAGAGAUGUAACCUGUUUCCCAAAACUUGACUGGUGGGAAACUUUCAGGAAGUCCUAGUAAGAGCCAUUUAACGUUGAUAUUAAGGGGGAAACUUAAUGUACUAGCUUUAAAAUGCCUUUCUCUUCCCUGAAGUAAGGGGCUACUGAGUUACCAUUUUUAUUUAAAAUGAAUCCUUCCAAACUAAGAUUCCUUUGGUGCUUCUCUGCGAAGAGCAUGUGACUUUGCCGUUUUUGAUAAAAUAAUGCUCAAAGGCUUAUAUGUCCUUCCUCCCUCCUCUACCUAAUUAAAAAGAGCAGACUGAGCUCUUAAACUAGUCCACGUGCUGAGAUCAUUUAAAUGCUCAGUACUCUCAGGCAUAUACAUAGAAAAGGACCUAAGAGACUGGAAAAAAAGUGAAUGGUUGGCCAGGAACUUGGGUCUUUUAAUAAAACAAAGCUUAGACUUAUAAUCUCUUUGAAGAUUUUUAGAAGAAACUUUAACUCACCAAAUUCUUAAGACGGUUCUGAAUGACUAGGACCUCUACAAAUCAGCCUGGGCUGUCAGGACCUUCUGUCAUCUUCAGGGCUUAGGGGUCCAUCUCCCUGCCUAACUGUCUUAAAAGAAAAAGCGCAGGAACUUUGGGAGGUGCUAUGGAGCUUCAGCGAGGGUCCCUCUAGGAGGAUGCACGCCUCCAUUCUAGUCUGGUGUGGAAGAGUAAGUCCAAGGCUGGGGAAGGGAAGGGCAUGGACUAUCCAAGGCUGUCAAUAAUGAAGGAAAAAAGGGAAAUUUUUUGUUGCUUGGGAGUUGACCUACUCAUAGAAAUAAAUCUACAGAUUAACCACUGAAAGUAUCAAUUCUGUAGCUUUUUAAAGCAAAAUGAUCACCUGUUGCUGGUGUAACCACUGAUCCUGCAGAAACAAAAAUCACUUAGUUUCUAUUGAGCCAUAAACGAACAUGGAGAGAGGAAAGCACAUUUCUCCCCUUUAUUUUUGGUAUUACAGUAAAGCUAAGACUUAAAGGGUCUUCAUACUUACGAGAUAAGCACUUAAAGACCCUUUUUCAGACUUCCAGAUUCUCAUUUGAGGAAGGUGCUUAAAAAAGUAUCUUCUAAGUUUAUAAAGAGAUGAGCAAGUCAUCUUUAACCAAAAAAAAAGGGUGAUGUUGAAGCAGUUACUUAUAAGCAGACUUCUGAUUUCCCCUCAGAACAAAACAUUUAAGACUUUAAGACUUUAAUUUUGGAGGCUGAGCCACAUUUUUUUUUUCUUUUAAAUCCCCACCAGAGGACUAUUUUUCCCCCCAUUGCUUUGGGGGGGGGGGGAACGCAUCAAUAUAAAAAUGAAAUAUCAAUUGGUCACUUUCUUGUACCUUCUCCAACUGGGAAUCGAGCCCACAACCUUUCAGUCUCUGGAAUGAUGCUCCAACCGAGCCACACCGGCCAGGGUUGAGCCACAUAAUCUUACCAUCUCACCCACCUCCAUAUGAACUUAAGUUCUAUUGUUAAAUGUUUCUGCUUUAGAAUUUCUAAGACUUCAUAGUCACUGGAAAAUUAUAUUAAGUUCAGUAGUAGAUAUAUAAAAGUCAGUAUUUCAAGUGCCUGCUGCUGCUGUGGUAUCAUUUACCAUAAUGCUUAAGGGCAUGAUCAGAAUUAAAACCCUGUAUUAAGAUUCUGCCCAUAACCUUGAUUCUAGACACAGACUUUAAUAGACAGAACGCCUCCUUGGCAAGUAGCUGUAAAUGUAAAAUAUUCUUAACAGCCUAGAACUGGUUAAAAAGGCAGUUAUAUCUAAUAGCCUCUGUUUUUAAGUUGAUGUAUUUUUACCUUCUCUUUGAUGUGGCUAUAAAUUGGUACAUGCCUUUCCACUGAGUAUGAAUUAGGAGUUAAACCUAGUUAUUUACUAGUAUUUGAUAGGCAUGAAAGAAAGUCGAUUGGUUAGCAAAGAAAAACUGAACAUGACAACGCUAUAGAAACAACUGGCCAUUGUUACCGUAACUGAAUGCUGCAUAUGCCAUUCUAUUCCCAUUCAACCUAGUAAAUGUAAUGACAGGAAUUUUCAGAGUGUUUUAUUUCAAAUACCCCAUUUCCCAAGAAAGUACUACUUUACCUAGAGAUGAACUCAAGAUUUUUGUUCAUCUCCUUUGAAAUAAGGUGUGACUGAAGGGUGCUUAUUCUGGACUUAGCUGUGAAUGCCAUGGAAGAGUAUCAACACAGCUGCUAAUUUCAUCUUCAGCAGUGCUAUAAAAAGUUGAAGACCUUCCUUUAAACUGAAGCUGACACUGUUUCAGCCUAGGAAGAUGUCAGCAGCAUUUCCAUGAGCAAACAUGGCCAGGUUGAUUCAAGGAGCCUGGCUGGCCAGUACACAUUGUUACACAUUAUUAGCCUUAAAGACACCAGUGGUAUACAGUGACCUAAGUGUGGUAAUGAAAUGCCAACUUUACUUGUAGUAAAAUUUCCUAGUAAUCCCUUUAAAUAAAUAGAAUUUAAAUCCACCAGGAAGUUGCAGUACUAGGGGCCGUAUUGGCAGUUUCAAGAUCUGAGUUCUUACUGCAGCUCCAUGGCUAAACUGCAAAUUGGAGACAGUGUCAACACAGGGCUGUUUUGAGGCUUACAUGGGAAAUAAAGAGAAGGGUUGAUGUAAAAUACAUCAUGCAGUGGCAACAUGUAUGUAUGGUAAAGGAAAAUUCAACCAAAUGACAAAGGAUAGAAAGUCACUGCUCAGACCAGAACGGCUGUCAUUGUGCACGGACUUCUCAAACUAAACUGCUUAGGUUUAACUUACUCUUCUGUAAGCUGAUUCAUGGCAGCAACUUAACAUAUACAAUACAAGUGAUAGUUUUCUUUUAUUAAGUGAACAGAUUGUUGAAGCAGACAGUAGCCUUGAAAUGUGUGUACUUGAAA